UCAGCUUCACCACCACGAGUUCUGGUUGCCCGCAACGCGAGCAUCGAGCCGGGCAAGGACGCAGUGCUCAGCUGUGCCGUGUUCAGCACCGUCAACGACGUCGAGGUAAAGUGGUAUCGUGGACUCGAACCCCGAUUCGAGCUACGCCCCGGAAAGACAAGCCGGUACAGCAUUCAGACGGAUAGAACGCUUGGCAAUGCUAUCAACAGCACCUUGUCCAUCACCCGAGCCUCCGAAAGCGACACGGGCAAAUACAUUUGUGAAGCCUCACAUAAGGGUGGAACUUCAUCUGCAGAUGGCUUUAUUAACAUCCAUGUACGACCCCGCGUGAGCGUGGACAGCGAGGAGGUGACCUUCCGCGAUGGUGGAACAUUGAUGCUCACAUGUCAGGCCCAGGGUCUCCCACCACCCAGGAUCACUUGGAGCCUCAACGAUAUGACGAUUGCACCCUCCUCUCCAUUGACUGAUAGCUACCGCAUCUCCAAUUACCAGCGACCCAGGAUCUCAAUCCGGAGGACCGCUUUGGUAGGGAGCAGCCCAAUGUCUAAACACUCUGACACUAUCGCCUUUGUAUGGCAGUAG